CUCAGUUCUGGAACAGGAGGAUGGGAGUACCUGCAGGGACUGGACGCUGAGGUGAUUCGACCCCAUUCUCGCUUCUGCUGCCACCUGCUCCCAGGGUCCCCAUGAAGCUCCCAGCAUUUCUGAGCCUGCUGGCCCUGGUGCUGCUGGAAGCGGGGACAGCUUCUCUCCCCAAGGAGAGGAAGCGGAGAGAUGAGAUGCACGGGGAAGGUGAUUCUUAUGUAGUCCUGGGGAACUAUGUCCUGGGCCCGGACAACUAUGAUGAGGUCAUUGACCUCAGCGACUACGAGGGGCUCAUGGACUACGGGGACCAGCUCCCUGAGGCUAAAGUGACCAACCUGGCUCCUCCCACCGGGAUCAGUUCUGCUCAGAGCACAAUGACUCCAAGGACCCUAUCUUUGAAGCCCACGAUGAUCAGGCCUACGGAGCUGGGCGUCCUGGGCUCCCCAAACAGCCACGGCCUGCCCACCUGUCUCAUCUGCGUGUGCCUUGGCUCCUCUGUGUACUGUGAUGAUGCUGACCUGGAGAACAUCCCUCCUCUCCCCAAGACAACCACUUACCUGUAUGCCCGCUUCAACCGCAUCCGCCGGAUUCGAGCUGGAGACUUCAAGGGGCUGACAAAGCUGAAGAGAAUUGACCUUUCCAGCAAUUCCAUCUCCUCCAUUGAUGACGACGCCCUCCGCCUGCUGCCCGCCCUGCAGGACCUGAUCCUCCCAGAGAACCAGCUGGCAGCCCUGCCUGCGCUGCCCCCUGCCAUUGAGGUGCUGGAUGCCCGCCACAACCAGCUCCAGAGUUCAGGGAUACAGCCUGAAGCUCUCAGGGCACUCGAGAAGCUGCAGUUCCUCUACCUGGCUGACAACCUUCUGGACUCCAUCCCUGGGCCUCUGCCCCCAAGCCUGCGUUCGCUGCAUUUGCAGAAUAACAUGAUAGAGACCAUGCAGACAGACGCCUUCUGUGACCCCGAGGAGCACAAACACAGCCGGAGGUGGCUGGAAGACAUCCGCCUGGAUGGCAAUCCCAUCAACCUGGGCCUCUUCCCCAGCGCCUACUUCUGCCUGCCUCGGCUCCCCACGGGCCACUGCUGCUAGCUCACGGCUCCCAGCUCACGGCUCCCCACUCCCCAGCAAGGGGCCUCACCACCUGCCAAAGGCACAGACUGCCUCCACCUCCACAGGGUGUCCUUUGUUCACAGGGGAAUCAGCCUCCCGAGCCAACUGCAAAACUCACCCCCACUCCCUUCCUCCAACUGCUACACCCGAGCACACACACACAUGCACACACAUAUACACACAGAUAUACAUCCACAGACAUGUACAUAUACACAGACAUAUAGACAUAUAGACAUAUACACAGAGACAGACAUACACGCAUAGACACACAGACACAUGUACACAGACACACCGAUGCACAGAUAUACACACACGUAGACAUACACACGUGUGCAUGUGCAGAAUGUCCUUCAGUAACCAAAUUCGCAUUUCUCAUCCUCUUUCCUGUUAAGGAAAACCUUACGGCUCCUGACUCAGAGAAAAGUAGCAUCUGCAGCAAAGCUCAUUCAAAUAUUCCCCAUCCCUCCUACCCACACAGAAUGUCAGGAAGUCAUGGAAGAGGAAGAGGAGAAGAAAAGGAGGAAGCGGGAGAAGCAGUGGCAUGCUUUAGCCAGCUCUUACUACAAGGCUUCCAGAACCAAUUGUUACAUCUUCCAGAAUUUCAUACGCCAGUCAUUAAACACCGCUUUUAUUAAAGAUUAAAUUAUAAGCUUGCAUUUAAAUAUAUGAUGUUGAAAAUAAAUGUAAUAAAUACUCAGACUCAUUACUUCCC